ACUAUUAUUUCGUAGAGCGCGUUGCAAACCUACUUGAGUUUAUUGUGUGCUGAAAACAUAAUCAAGGUUCAUUGUAGUCAAGGUUAUUAAAUAUUCAAAUCGACUAUCUGUUAAUAUUUGAGUUCACGCAAACAACAGUAGGUUUACAAUGAUAAAUCGUCGACCGCAUGAAAGUGCCUAUUUUGUUUGACGAUUGAAAAUUUAUAAUAUUUAAGAUUGUGGUGCAACGUUUCGACAAUAGAAUAAUGAAUACUGCUAUUUUGUGUUAUCUCAUCGCAUUGGGAGUUGGAAUUGCGGAAGUGGAUGCCAAAGUUUUCACGAGAUGCGGACUUACCCAGGAGCUUUUGAAUCUUGGGUUUAGCAGAUCACUGGUUGGGAACU